CCGAUCAGUAGCAUUUGUGGCUUCCAAGUGGCCACACAUGAUGGAUAGUACAGAGUUGGAAAUUAUGGAUCAGCAGCCAGACAUCUAUCAAGAUUCAGUGGUUUUUAUAACAGGAGCCACUGGUUUUGUGGGGAAGACACUGCUGGAGAAACUGCUCUGGAGUUUUCCACAAAUCAAGCGUAUAUACAUGCUGAUCCGCCCCAAGGGAGGAGUCACAGUGGAAGAGCGUUUCCGGGUUUUCCUCCAGAACCCCAUAUUCGAGAGGCUAAGAAGCAACCAUCCGGAUAGGCUGAAGAAAAUCUUUCACUUUUCUGGCAAUAUUGAAGACGACAACUUUGGUUUAAAUGAGUCGGACAGGAAAGUGUUGUGCGCCGAGGUAAACAUUAUUUUCCACAGUGCCGCCACGGUGCGCUUUAAUGAGUGUCUUAAGGUGGCUGCUCGUGUCAACUCCCAAGCCACCUACAAUCUUCUUGAGCUCUGCAGGGAGAUGACUCACUUGAGGAGCUUUUUGUAUGUUUCAACCGCCUACUGCAAUCCAGGUCGUAAGUAUGUGGAUGAGGUGGUGUACCCCACCAUGCCGCCAGUGGAUUGGCGUCAGUUUCUGGCUGCCACACAAAAAAUACCGGAUGACUAUCUAAACCGUUUAGCGGACUAUAUAAAGGGCCCUCAUGUCAAUACCUAUACCUUUACAAAAUCCAUUGCCGAACAAAUAGUGAACGCUUACAAGAAUGUGAUUCCGAUUGUUAUCGUGAGACCAUCUAUUGUUACGGCUGCCUAUCGGGAACCUUAUCCAGGAUGGAUUGAUAAUAUCCAGGCCAUUAGUGGUAUAAUGAUGGAGAUUGGCAAGGGGGGAAUCAGUAGUAUUCUGGGCGAUAAAGACCUAAUAUGCGAUAUUAUCCCUGUGGAUUUUGUGGUGAAUGCAAUGAUUAUGAUGGUCGGCAAAGCAAAGCUGGGAAGCUUGAGCAUCUGUAAUGCCACCUCGGGUGUCACCAAUCCCAUCACCUGGCAACAUUUGGGAGAACUCACCAUGAAGUGGUCUCGCAUUUAUCCCACACGGCGUAUGAUUAUGUUUCCUAACUUCAAAUAUCGGUGCAGUGCCUUCAAGCAUGAAUUGGCCGUUUGGGCUUUGCACUUUGUUCCUGCCCUUCUAAUGGAUUUACGGACCCUGGUGUUGGCCCAAAAGAAAAGGCUAGUAACGCCUAUAGCUAAGAAGUUCCGACAAGCCUGUUUGGCAGGAAGCUUUUUCUCUCUUAACGAAUGGAUCUUCAAGAACCAAAGUCGCUAUUAUUUCAGAGAAGUAAUCAAAAAUGGGUUGUAUCCUAUGCUCUAUUGGAAUCUUGAUGAAUUGGACUAUGAUGAUUAUGUGCGACGUCAUAUGAUUGGCAUUAACAAAUAUCUUCAUCGGGAAAAGUUCACUUUUGAAUCAAAUAAAUUAAUGGUGACCAGAGUCUACUGGUUCUGGAUAUUCCUGCAUUUAUUAUCAUACCUUCUACUAGUCUAUGUCAUAUUUUAG